AGGCGAUUCUCGUGCCCGCGUUGGUGUCUCACUCACUCGCAAGGAAGGUGGCGGUUCAAUGAGCGCCCUCCUCGUGGAAGGGCGCGCCCGUGAACGCUUGGAAAGCGGCAAACGAGGGAGAGCCUGCAGAGAGCAGGUUUUGAAGGUAGUGCCGUGAGUUCAGUGAGUUCGGAAACAGCCCCACUUUGUUGCUUCUUGAAUGCUCAAAUUUUUGAUUGCACCUGAGUUGGAUCGCGUUCGAGGAGGCUGCUGAUAUCUCUCCACCCCAACAAGAACUAGCUAAUUUGUUUACAUUUCGUGUGUGUCUGCCCAACAAGGCAAAAAGGACAGUGGCUACCUGCAUGCUUGAAAGCUGGAGUAGCGCAUAAAUUCAUCCUUUUAAAGUGUCUAUAUUGACAGAAGAUAAUUUCGUGAACCUGAGAAGAAAAACCUCAACGCAGUUUUGAUACUGCAAGUUAUCAAGGUGAUUAAUUCCAAGCGAUUGCAGGAGGAAAGAAGAAUUCUCACAUUUCGAAAUUGAACCGACAUUUUUGCUCUACACAAUCCUAAGGUUUGUGUAGAGCACCAAGAUUUCUGCCGAGGCGAAUUGGACGGCCGGCUCCACAGCGGCCGCGGACCCUUUGGCUUCGAGUCCGGGUCUUAACCUUAACUCCAACGGGUCAAGUGGGACUCCCACGAAGAGCAAGAAGCGGAAGGCAAGGCCUGUGGAUUCGGACGAGGACACUGGCAGCCCCCGGGGUGAGGGUUCGUUGACACCCAUCAAAAUGCAGACCACAGACGGAAUGAGAAUCCCUGGGCUGGCAGCCCAUGCCGAACUUAAUCAACAGCUGACCAAAUUCGAUUCCUCAGAAUUCGACGAUGACAAAGAGGUGACCGGAACUGAUGCCGAGGGCGUAUGGGCUCCUGAAAUCGAACAGAGCUUUCAGGAGGCUCUAGCGAUAUAUCCACCAUGUGGACGAAGAAAAAUCAUAUUGUCAGAUGAGGGGAAAAUGUAUGGUCGUAAUGAACUGAUUGCUCGUUACAUCAAGCUAAGGACCGGAAAAACACGAACUCGGAAACAAGUCUCUUCACACAUUCAGGUUUUAGCCCGAAGAAAACUCAGAGAAAUCCAAGCCAAACUAAAGACCCUCCCUACAAGUGAGCCCGGAAGCAUGUCCGGCCUCCUCGAUCGGGUCCCGGGCAAUGGCAGUCCUGCGUCGUAUAUUGAACAAGCCCACAAGGAGAAGGCUCUCCAAUCGAUGCAGCAAAUGUCGUCCGCCCAAAUUGUGUCCGCCUCAGCUAUGCACAACAAGGGCAUGUCACUCCCCGUUCAUCCGCCGGUUACUUAUGGAGGCUCCUUCUGGCAGCCGGGUCUCCAGCACGGAUGUCAAGAUGUCAAGCCCUUCGCCCAGAAUCCUUUCAGCCUCUCAUCCACGGCGUCGAGUGUGGCCGCCAUGGUGGACAAGAACGCCGUCAUCUCCUCCGGGGGCAUGGGCGGCCUCGGGUCCGGCCAAUCUAUGCCUCCUUGGCAUAAUCGGUCUAUCGCCACCCACAAACUUCGCCUCCUUGAGUUCUCGGCCUAUGUCGACCAACAACGAGACCAAGACGCCCCUUACAAUAAGCACUUGUUCGUCCACAUUGGUGGUGCACCCUCUUAUAGUGACCCGCAAUUGGAGCCCAUUGAUGUGCGGCAAAUCCAGGACAAGUUUCCGGAAAAGAAUGGCGGGCUGAAGGAACUCUUCGAGAAGGGACCAAGCGACGCGUUCUUCUUGGUCAAAUUCUGGGCAGAUCUCAAUACGAAUAUCUCAGAUGAUGCGGGUGGUUCUUUCUAUGGAGUGACCACAGUUUAUGAAAGCACUGAGAACAUGAAAAUCCAAUGCUCUACCAAAGUGUGCAGUUUCGGGAAGCAAGUCGUCGAGAAACUCGAGACUGAAUACGCCCGAUACGAAGGCGGUCGGUACGUCUAUAAGAUCAAUCGGUCGCCAAUGUGUGAAUACAUGAUCAACUUCAUCCUCAAACUCAAGCAUCUCCCUGAAAAGUACAUGAUGAACUCCGUUCUCGAGAACUUUACGAUUCUUCAGGUUAUCACGAACAAGGAGACCUUAGAAACGCUCUUGUGUAUAGCCUACGUGUUUGAGGUGUCCACAUCCGAGCACGGAGCCCAACAUCACAUCUACAAAUUGGUGAAAGACUAGUGCAGCUCUUCGCUCUUCUUCAAUGGCUGUUGAUUUUGGCGGGACAGCUCUCGGACCCUAAAGGUGAUUAAGCGCCAAAUACAAACGCAACGGCAUCCACUAUCUGGUGAAAAUGUCGAGGAACGCCUCUCUUGUUUUCUAAGAGGGCGUGUGUGUUCCUCUCCUCCUCAUACUGAAUGUGUGGGUAUGUUCCAACAAGAGCGGGGGAUGGACCCUCGCGAAGUUAUCCCUCACCUGAUCUCAAGAAUUUUCUCGGAAUGAAUGCUAGACACAUGAUUUAGAACAAAUUCUUUCAAACUAUGAGCAAUGGAAUACGAUUCUUAAUAUUUGUUAUCAUCAAUGAAUAAUACUCUCACCACUAUGAGCAGUCCCAAUGGAUCAACCCAAGAAACGGGUCCAAGUCCUUUGGUGGUUGUUGUGCCAUUUUCCCACCUGAUCCGUGGGAUCAAAACCAUCAACUCUUUCAACCCUGUCCGUGAAGACUUUCACACAUCUUUAAAAAAUAAAUUGUUGGUCUCUGA